CUGGUGUUGCCGGUCGAGCAGCGGCUCGGACAGGCAGGCCCCCCAAUCCCCAGGGAAGCACCGUUGUUUUUUUUUGAGGCUACCGGCGGGUGUUUGAGGAGUACAUGCGGGUCAUCAGCCAGCGGUACCCAGACAUCCGAAUCGAAGGGGAGAACUACCUUCCUCAACCUAUCUAUAGGCACAUCGCAUCCUUCCUGUCUGUCUUCAAACUAGUGUUAAUAGGCUUAAUAAUCGUUGGCAAGGAUCCCUUUGCGUUCUUCGGCAUGCAAGCUCCGAGCAUCUGGCAGUGGGGCCAAGAAAACAAGGUUUACGCUUGUAUGAUGGUCUUCUUCCUGAGCAACAUGAUUGAGAACCAGUGUAUGUCCACGGGGGCGUUUGAGAUCACUCUGAAUGAUGUUCCGGUGUGGUCUAAGCUGGAGUCUGGCCACCUCCCUUCCAUGCAGCAGCUUGUACAAAUCCUCGAUAACGAGAUGAAGCUCAAUGUGCACAUGGAGUCAAUGCCCCACCAUCGAUCAUAGCCCCAUCUCUCAGCACUGAAACUUCUUGCAUUAAGUGGCGCUUUCCCCGGCCGCGUGGCGCAGACCCAUGAAGGCCUGCACUGAAGACAGCGCGCUGUUGGUGCAGGCUAGAUGCUUCCCUCGCAGCCACGUCGUGCCUCCUGAAAAAAAGCUUAAUGGAAGAGCUCUUUCAGUGCUGGCGUGUUUCCAGAUACUGCACAGUCAUGGAGUGCAAUAAUACUGUAUAGUUUUUUUAAGAUUUCAUCCGACCAGUUCAUAGCUCAGCAAUGCAGGCAUUACUAAUUGUAACUUAUUUUAUAUUCAUGUUUCACACAAUGGCAGAUUGAGUUGAUACCUAAUUUUUCCUCAGAGAAAAAAAAAAGUUUGUUUAAUCUGUUGUAUUUUAUAUGAAUUUAUGUUCUUUUUGUAGUUUAAAAUGAAGUUAUAGGAGUGUCUGAUGUUGUCCUAAACUAUUAAGUAAUCAACAGCUGUCUAUCAAGUAUCUCUGACGUGACAUGGUUAAAGCAGGUUUGUAUAUUUUUCAAAAUAUAUGGCAGAGUUGAACAGUCCGUUAUAUACUAAAUUAUAUAAACAAAAUUAUACGCGGAGUAGUUACAUCAUUUUGCAACUUCAGUAAAAAUUAAGAUCGACCGCUCUUUAGAUUGCGUGGGCCAGCUCGGGAGGUUUUUCCUCGACCGUUCGGAAGAGAUGAAGAGCUGCGCCUUUCUGCUGUCCUAAAAAGAAACCAAGGAAGUUAAUUUAAAUAAAGAGUUCUCAUUUACUGUGCGAAGUGUCUGAGUCACUGAUGGAUAUUCCUAGAAUUGCAAUUGAAAAAAAGAAAAAAAACCAUAAAAAGCCUACUUUCCAAAGU